AUGGACGUCGAUCAAGAAAUUCAGCAUCUCAGAGAAGAAAUCAAACGUCUUGGCCACAAACAAACCGAUGGAUCUUACAAGGUGACAUUCGGGGUGCUGUUCAACGACGAUAGGUGUGCUAACAUCUUUGAGGCACUAGUAGGAACGCUAAGGGCGGCCAAGCGGCGCAAGGUGUUGACAUAUGAUGGUGAGUUACUGCUACAAGGUGUGCAUGAUAAUGUUGAAAUUGUACUCAAAUCAUCCGCCUGA